ACUGUCACCAACAACAAAUGACGCCGACACAGUCCCCUCAACCUUCCUCGGCCUUCGGCCUUCGUUGGGAGUCCGACCUUUUUGGUCCUGUGCCAGCUUGGGCGGUAACCCCGAACAUCGCUACGAUCGAGGCACUGUCACGGCAACAUCUUAGUGCGGACGACCUUUCUGUAAAAUUCCUCACAGGAGGGGCGUUUAACAAAGUCUAUUUAAUCACGGGCUCCUCGGACACAAUCAAGGACCAGAAGUCCUGCAUCUUCCGCGCAACGCUCCCGGUCGAACCGUUCUACAAGACCGCCAGCGAGGUCGCCACUCUCCGACUGUUGCGGCAAUGUACCUCACUACCAGUUCCAGAGGUAUUCGCCUACGAUUGCACGACCGAAAAUGAGUUGGGCUUUGAAUGGAUCAUUAUGGAGAAAAUCCCAGGAGUAUGUCUGGGGGAGGUCUGGCACGAUCUGAGCCUCGAGAGGAAGACAAUCGUUGUUGAGCGCUUGGGGCAAUUCUCAAAGGAACUCCGUGGGCAGUGCAGGUUUGAUGCCAUCGGGAGUUUGUAUCAGCAUGCCGAGCUCAACGAAGCGGACUCGAAGGUCGCUGUGGCUACUGAUAACAAUGGUUUUGUGAUCGGGCCGAUAGUAAACUCUUUCAUUUUCGCUGGAAAGAGGAAGCCACUGAUAGAGAGGGAUCGCGGGCCUUAUCUAAGCGACCGAGCAUACUUACUUGCAUUAAUGAAAGUGGAACUGGAGGAUAAGAAACUUCUCCUGGAGCUGACUUCUCGUAAGUAUCAUAAAUCAAAUGGAUUGGCUACAAUGAAGUAACGACAUGUUUAGGUAAACGUGCGGCUGGCGUUCAAAAGGCGCAUUCGAAUGACGGAGAUUCGGAGAGUGAUGAAGAUGAUCUUGCCGCGGAUGUGCCAGAGAUUGAGGAAACCAUCCAACAGCUCCAGCAAAUUCUCCCUUCCCUUUUCUCUACCGGCAUGCAAGAAAAGGGAUUCGUGCUGAGGCACCACGACCUAAAUCGUUCAAAUGUCAUGGUUGACCCCACAACACUGGAGAUAACCGGGAUCGUCGAUUGGGAGUGUAUUACCACUGUACCAGCUUGGGAAGACACCUAUCCUCAAAUGCUACAGGGAGAAGAUAUGGAGGAACAACCGGAGCCUUUGGAACCCGGGGAUACUGAUGAGUUCCGCCUCGAGAGGUGGGAGAAAUGGGAGAAUACGAAGCUGAGAAAAAUCUUUGAUCAGGCUGCGGGUCCGGGCGCAAACAAUGAUAAAGAUGGAUGGGAUAAGCGCAGCUUCAGAGAGCAACUUAAUUUGCUUGAACUUUCGACUAAGAUGGUGAAGAACUGGAUUAUUGAGUAUGAGAAGCGACAGCGAGAGCCAGAACGAGAGCCAGAGCGAGACCAGAGCCUGAGCCAGAGCGAGAGCGAGAUCCAGAGCGAGGGCCAGAGCGAGGGUCAGAGCGAGACCAGAGCGACACCAGAGCGAGACCAGAGCGAGAGCCAGAGCGAGAGCGAGCAAGGCUGUUGCUCCACGCAAUCCUCAGUUAGUGAGCUUUCGGAGUCGUCACUUAUCUCGUUAAAGGGAUGAUACUAUCGGGUAGUUUUUUCAUAUUAGACAAUCAAUUUCAGAUAGCUCCCGAGUGCCCAACUGUUCAUAUGAUACCGAUUAAUUAUUUGCUGAACUAAAAUCAUGGGUUAUAUAAAACUGGAGUAGUGUUGACCUGAUGGUCCUAGCCACAAAUUUC